AUGACAAGUGCUUAAUUUGAUGAUUCCGAAACAUCAACAUGGUCAUAAUCUGCGGUAAACUAAUGUGCUAAUAUUAAUUUGAAAUUUAUGGGAGGAGCUUGUAGUUUUGGAGAAGGAGUAAGUACUGAGAAAACUUAUACUAGUCUUCCUCCACAUUCUGAAAUAAAAAUAACUUUUACAAUUUACUUUAAAGGCGGAAAAACAAUUUAAAAUCCAUAGUGGUUAAAAUUAUAUUUAGAUGAAAAUCUUAUAAUGAAUUCUAAUGAUGGCUUUGACUAUACAGGACCUUCUAAAAGAUGUUAGAUGGAUAAUGAAGGACAUAAUGAUGUAUUACUUUUUAACCAUGAAUAAGCUCAUUAUAAGGAUAAUAUGAAAUUGAGAUUUGAAGAUACUUUAGAAGGUGAUAAUUGUGUUUAAUAUUGGGGAGUUCGUGAUAUAAAGAUUUUUGUAAAACCUUGUCAUUAUAGUUGUGCUGAAUGUAAGGAUGACCCCUUCGUAUGUAGUUAAUGUCCUAGUAAUUCUGUUUUGAACGUUUUUGAAUAGUGUGAAUGUUAGAAUAAAUAUUAUCCUACUUAGAUUAGUCCUUUGAAAUGUUCGGAAUGUCAUAAUAGUUGUAAUACUUGCUUUGAUAAAAACCCUAAUUAAUGCUUAAGCUGUUAAACUGACUAGAAUUAAUUUUUACUUUUCAAUAGAUGUAUUUGUAAUUUAGGAUUUAGAAGAAAUUAAUUAGGAUAAUGUGUUUAAUGCCAUAAUAGUUGUAAGACUUGCUCAGGAGAUUCAUAAAAUUAAUGUCUUUCAUGUUAUAAUUAAGCUAAAUUGAUAACUGAUGGUUCAAAUAGCUAUUGCUAGUGUGUAGAUGGAUUUUCUCAAGCAUUAGAUUCUACUCUUUUCAGAUGUGUAAAAUGUCAUUAAAGUUGUGCCGAUUGUGAUAAAUAAAAUCCUUUGAAAUGCACUGUAUGCCCUUACAAUGCUAUAUUGAAUAAUAAUCAAUGUGUAUGCAAACAUGGAUUCUAUUAAAGAUCGAGCAAUCCUUUAAGGUGUGAUGCUUGUCCUCCUGCCUGUGCAACUUGUUUGAAUUAUGGAAUGUGUCUAAAUUGUUUAGAUGAGCAUGCCAAAUUUUCAAACGGAAAAUGCAAAUGCAAAGAUGGUUUUUUUUAAAAUCCUGAAAAUCUUAGUUAAUGCUUACGUUGCAACAAUAUUUGUAAAACAUGUUAAGGUAAUGCUAAUUUUUGUACUUCUUGUGAUAAUAGUGUUUCAUGGCUUUGUCAAUAAGAAUGUAAGUGUUUGGAUGGGUAUUAUUUAGAUGCUUAAGAAUAAUAAUGUAAGAAAUGCCAUUAUACCUGUUUGUCUUGCAGCGGACCAAACAUGAAUAAUUGCACUUCAUGUGUGAGUAAGAGUCAUUUAGAUUUGAAAACUUAUACUUGCGAAUGUGAUUAGUAUUACUUUGCAGGAAAAGAACCUGGUAAAUUCGAGUGCAUUAUUUGUGACUCUUAAUGUAAAGCAUGCGAUGAUUGGUAAUAAGAUAAAUGUACUCAGUGUUUUGAUAAUGCUAUUAAAAUUAAUAAAAAUGGAGAUUUUUUCUAAUGUAAAUGUGACUUAGGAUUUUUCUUUGAUGAGAUGUAAAAACAAUGCUUGAAAUGUGAUAAAUAAUGUAAAGAAUGUACUGAUAAUGCACCCAAUUCUUGUAUUUUAUGUAUGGAUGAUAAUGCAUUUAGAACCAGUUAAGGAAUCUGCGAAUGCAAUUUCGGAUAUUACUUUGAUGGAAGCAUUGGAACUAAUGGAAAAUGUGUAGAGUGUGAUAAAUCAUGUGAUGGGUGUGAUGGACCUGGAGAUGCCAUGUGUAAAUAAUGUAAAGGAACACUUACUAAAAGCGCAAGUGGAAGAUGUACAUGCUAACUUGGUUAAUUUUUAAGUUCCACAAAUGAUAAUUAGUGUCUUUAAUGUCACUCUACUUGUAGAACUUGCACUUCUUAACUUUAAAAUCAAUGUCUUUCGUGUUAUGAUGAAUAUGACUUCAAAGUAGGUGAUAUAAUUACAAUUAUUAGUGAAGAUAAUAUAACUAUUAAGGGAUAAUGUAGCAUUAAAAAAGGAUAUUACGAAGAUCUUGAUGAUAAAAAAAAAGCUAAAAAAUGUCAUUAGAGUUGUUUUGAUUGUAAUGGAUCUUCAGAUGAAAAUUGUACUGAAUGUGAUUCAUAUAAAUAAGUUUUAUAAAAAAGUUUGAAUGGUUAUAAAUGUAUGUGUAAAGAUGGGUUCUAUUAAUUGUAAUCGAUUCCUCUUGUAUGUGAUGUUUGUCAUGAAAGUUGUGCAACUUGCAGAGGUAGUUCUAUUGAUUAAUGUAUUAAAUGCAAAAAAAAUGCAGAAAUUGUUAAUUCAUUAUGUGUAUGUAAAUAAGGAUAUUUCGCAACUGAUUUAGAUCCUUUUAAUUGUAAUCCUUGUACAGAUACUGAAAGCAUAUGUAAAGGCAGAGAUUAUGAUUAUAUAGGAUGUUCUUAAAAUAAAGUUUUAGUUGAUGCUGUAAAAUAAGUAACUACUACAGUAAAUGGUGAAACUAAAACUUAACAAAUUAAUUAUAAGGAUUGCGUAUGUAAAAAAGGAUAUUCUCUUGAUCCAAUUACUUUAAUCUGUAUAAAAUGUCAUAAAAAUUGUGCAAGCUGUGUUUAUAAUGAUAUAGCAAAAUGCUUAAGUUGUGAUAAAAAUAAUUUUCAAGUAUUUUAUAUUGAUAGAGUUAAUAAAAUAUAGACUUGUAAAUGUAUAGAUGGAUAUUUUGAAUUAAAUAAUGAUGGCUCAUAAUUAUUAUGUUAAAAAUGCUAUGGAGACUGUAAAACUUGCUCGAAUUGUGACUGUGGUGAAUGUACAUCAUGCGAUUAUUCAAGAGGUUUUGUAAUAAAUACUAAUCGCUAAUGUUCUUGUAUGGAUGGAAAAUAUUUUGAUAAUAGCCCUACUUUAUAAUCGGAAUGUAGAAAUUGUACUGGUGUUUGUAUCAACUGUGAUGCUAAAUGUUUUGAGUGUGAUAAAGUAUAUUAAUCAUUUGAAAGUAUAAAAGACCCAACUUUAAGAAAAAAAGCAGAAACAGAUGAAAGGGCAGCAAAACUUAAAUGUAUGGAUGAUCCCGUAGGAACAGAUUAUUUAACUUGUAUAUAAAAGUUUUAUGAUAAAGUAAGUUAAACAAACUAUUAUGAAUUUUGUUUAGGUUGCCCUAUUUAUUGUUUAAACUGUAAGGUUACCAUAUAUCCUAGAUAUCCUAUUGCCUCACCAUUUUAAUGCCCUAGUUGUAAGGCUAAAUGCUCAGAUUGUAGUCCUAGAUGUAAAACAUGUAGUAGUUUAGAUAUUUGCACUUCUUGUAAUAAUAAUUAAAUUCUUACGCCUUAUGGUUGUGAAUGUCCUCCUUAAACUUACCUUGAUUUAUAAGGUUUUUGUUAGUCUUGUCAUGAAACUUGCGCUUCAUGUAGUGGACCUUCUGAGAAUGAAUGUACUAAAUGUUUUUAAAAUUUAUUUAUCCUUGAUCCAGUGAAAAAAACAUGUAAAUGCAAACCUAAUUUUUCCCUUGACUUUACUAAUAAAAAGAAAUGCUUAGCAUGUAGUAUUAAUUGUGGAAAUUGUUAAGAUUGUAAUUAAAAUGCCUGUACUACUUGUACAGAUAAACUUGCUGUUGUAAAUCCUGUUACUCUUAGAUGUGAGUGCCCUCCUGGCACUUUUUAUAAAGUUGCUUGUGGAUCAAUUGCUUGUGGAGCUUGUCCUCCAAAUUGUUUGGAGUGUGACGAUCUAUAAAAAUGUAUUAAAUGCCGUGAAAAUGCUGUAAGAAACAGUACUUUAGGUACAUGUGUUUGUUAACCUGGUUUUUAUAGUUUAGAUUUUCCAAUAACUACGUGCAUUAGAUGUCCUAAUUAUUGUACAAGUUGUUAGGUUAUAAAAAUUAAAAGAUUAGAUGAAAAUGGCUAAGAUUUUAAAGAUGCCAAUGAUAAUAUUAUUAUGAUACCUAAAGUAUAAUGUUUAAAAUGUUCUUCUUCUAACUAAUAAAUCGAAUAAUUAAUAUCAAAUUACAAUUUUGACGAAUGUCAAUGUGCCUCUGGAUACUCCCGUGAUGCUAAAAAUCCUUACCUUUGUGUGAAAUGUCACUGUUCGUGCGUAACUUGUGAUGGAAUUGGUGAAGAAAACUGUCUAACAUGUUCAUUUGGACGUUAGUUCAAUCCUUUAACUACUAAAUGUGAUCCCCUUCCAGGAUUUUAUUAAAAAUCAUCAUCUGCUUGUGUUUUAAACAAAUGUAAUGAUAAUUGCAAGACUUGUAAAGAUAGCGAUAAUGCAUGUGAUUCUUGUGGUAGAUUUAUGAAACUUACAAAUUUAAAAUAAUGUGAGUGUAUUGAAGGGUAUUAUUUCGAUAAAAUAUUAAAUAGAUGUGUAGAAUGUAAUUAAACAUGUAAAAGAUGUAAUGGACCAUCUGCAUAUAAUUGUUAAGAUUGUUAAAGUGGUAAUGCGUUUUUAAACGAUAAUAAUUAAUGUUAAUGUAAAGAAAAAUAUUAUUUACACCCAUACAACUUCAUUGAUUGUUUACCCUGUUAUGGAAAUUGCUAUUCUUGUCUAGGAUCUGCUAAUUAUUGCACUGGAUGUGUGGAGAAUGCCAAAGUUUUUGCUUUAAAUAAUAAAUGCUACUGUAAUCCAGGCUUUUUUGAAAAUGGAAGUGAUAGAAAUACAUUAAAAUGUAUUGCAUGUAGUAAAAACUGUAAAGAAUGUGAAGGAAGUUAGAAUAAUUGUACUAAAUGUGUUGAUGAUGCAUUCCUUAAUUAAUAAAAAUAAUGUAUCUGUAAACCUGGAUUUUACUAAGAGACAGCUACCAGUAUUGAAGUAUCAUAAAAUAUUAUAUGUAUUUAAUGUCAUAUUGAUUGCUUUGAAUGUUCUGGAGGUGAAAAUAAUAAAUGUUUGUCCUGUAAGGAUAAUGCUUAUUUGAAUUCUAAGAAAUAAUGUGAAUGUAAUAAUGGCUUUUUCUAUAAUUAUGAUACCAAAUCCUGCCAAAAAUGUGGAGCAAACUGCAAAACAUGUAACGAAAAUGGUUGUUUAACCUGCUAUUAAAGUGCUUCUGUUGUAGAUAAUUAAUGUGUAUGUGAUUCUAAUCAUUAUUCAAUCCUAAAUACAGGUUGUAGUGCAAAAAAUUGUGGGCAAAAUGUUUGUGUAUAGUGUGAUUCUAUAUGUGGCGAAUGUAGUUCUAAAGAUAUUUGCAUAACCUGUGCUGAUAAAAAAAAUAUGAUAUUAUAAGCUGAUGGAACUUGCAUAUGUAAAAACUUCUUUUAUUUAGAUAGCAAAAAACAAUGUGUUAAAUGUCAUCCUUCAUGUUUUUCUUGUACAGGACCUAAUUCAAAUGAUUGUAUUUCAUGUAAACCUGAAAGUAAUACUGAAUUAGUUAUUGAUGGCUAAAACACUUACUGUAAAUGUAUAUCUGGAUACUAUCAUGAUAUUUAAAAUAUUGAGGAAUACACAUGUGUUAAUUGUAGCUCUGAUUGUAAAGAAUGUAAUGGAAAUUCAUCGAAUUCUUGUACUUAAUGCGGUGAAAACGCUACUUUGGUUUAAAAAUAAUGUAUUUGUGAUAAUGGAUAUUAUAAAGAUUCUUCCUCAUCUAUAUGCUUAUAGUGCAGUAAUAAUUGUUUGACUUGUUCUAGUUUCGCAGUAUGUACUUCUUGUGUUAAUAAUACAUUACCUUUGGAUGAAAGUAAAGUAUGUAAAUGUAAAGAAGGGUAUUAUUCUAUUUCUGGGCAAUGUUUAAAAUGUGAGUUGCCUUGCAAAAAUUGCGAAUUAAAUGCGAGACGAUGCACUGAAUGUUUUCAACCCGCAAAUUUAGAUUAAAAGUUGCACACAUGUAAAUGUCCUCCAGGAACUUAUUAAGAUUCCGGAGAUUAGAGUAUAUGUAAUACUUGUCAUAAAAGUUGCGCUGAUUGUGAUGGAGAAAGUAAUAUUGAAUGUAAUAGAUGUAAAAAAAAUGCUGUAGAAUAUGAAGGUAUCUGCUUCUGUAAUGACGGAUAUUAUGCAGAUAGUAACGCAGAUUGCUAACCUUGCCAUCCUGAAUGUGCUUCAUGUUAAGGAUAUUUAGCCUCGUAAUGUAUUGAAUGCAAACCUAACGCAUAAAGAACUAAUCUUGAUACAUAUGUGUCUUCAUGUUAAUGUAAAUAAAAAUAUUACUGGGAUGUGUAAAAAGCUUAGUGUGAAUAAUGUCAUGAUACAUGUAAAAAUUGUAAUAGUGAUUCUAAAAAUUAAUGCAGUUAAUGUAUUUCUAAAGCUCAAUUGAUUCCUACAACUGAUGGUAAUUACAAAUGUGAAUGUGGAUCUGAUUAAUACAGUUUAUUCAACCCCUUCGAUUGUAUGGAUUGUCACUAAACUUGCAAAGGAUGCACUAAAGAACGUUAUUUUGAUUGUAAAGAUUGUAGAAUACACUCCAAGUUAGUUAAUGGGGAGUGUAUAUGUGAUGAAGGUUAUUAUAGAGAUUCUUCUGAUUUAAUAUAUUGCAAAUAAUGUAGUGUUUCAUGCAAAACAUGCAAAGAUUCAGCUGAUAAAUGCAUUUUCUGUAAAAAUGAAUUUGCUAUACUUACUCAUAAUAAUGAAUGCAAAUGUAUAGCUGGAUAUUACAUGGAUGAAUUUGGCUAUUGUAUUAAAUGUCAUCCUUCAUGCUAAGAAUGUAUUGGUGGUGAAUACGAUUAAUGCACUUUGUGCCAUCUUAAUUAACUUCCUUCUACUUCUUUAGAACCUAUGUUUAGCUGUAAUUGUCCUUCUGGAACAUAUAGAGAUGAUUGCAAUUUAAAUAAUCCAAAUUGUAAUUUAUCUAUAUGCUUAUCUUGUGAUCCAUCAUGUUAAACUUGUAUAAAUGAAACUAAUUAAUGUAGUUCUUGUCCUCCAAAUACUGAUCAUUAAUUUUUCCAAAGAUUUAAAUAAUGUGCUUGUGCGAAAAGCUUUUUUCCUAAAAUUGUGUAAGGAAGGUUAGUAUGCUUAAAAUGCGAUUAUACUUGUAAAGAAUGUUAUGGUCCUUUACCUACUUAAUGUUCAAAUUGUGAGUAAAAUGCAUUUAUGUAUUUAUUUAAAAUAAGAGUAGAGAAAAAUACUAUAAUAGAAUAAACUGAUAAACUUAUUAGAAUAUAGAUAAAUGAAAAUACAGUUAAUGUGAUUGAAUAUUCUUAAGAAACAGUUUUAGAAUAGAAUAAUGAAAUUAUUUUUAUUAAGUAAAAUAUUUGCUAAUGUUAAUUAGGAUUUUAUCUUAAUGCAUUAGAUAAAUCUAAAUUAGAUUGCUAACCUUGUAAUAUUCGAUGUAAAGAAUGUAUUAAUGAAACAUCUGAAGGAUGUACAGAUUGUAAUACAGGUGGUGUUUUGUCAAAAAAUUAAACUGUUUCUUCUUGUGAAGCUGGUCAAAAAAAUUAUGAAGAACCCGAUAAUCCUGGAACAUACGCUUAGUGCCAUAUUACAUGUGAAAAAUGCAUAGGUUCUUCAGAAGAAACUCAAUGUACUUUAUGCAGAGAUGAUUCUUAUUUAGUACCUAAUAAUGCUUCUGGUAUAAAUUUAGGAAAAUGUGUUUGCAUCGAUGGUACUUAUAGAAAUACUUAAAAUAAUACUUCGACAUGUGAUCCUUGUAGUAGUUCAUGUAAAACAUGUAGCAGUGGAUUAGAAAACUCAUGUGUAACAUGUAGAAAUAAUGCUACUUUAACUAAUGGUUAUUGUGUAUGUAAUCCUGCUUAUUAUAUGGACACACAUUUCUAAUGCUCUUAAUGUGAUAAAUUUUGCGCUUCUUGCAGUGAAUCACCUGCUUGUAUUACUUGUAUUGAUAAUGCUGAAAAAGAUUCUGAAAGUGGAACUUGCUCAUGUAAAAAAGGAUAUUAUUAUAAUAAUUAAUAUAAAUCUUGUUUACCUUGUAAUCUUACUUGCGAGACAUGCGAACAAAAAGCUGAAUUUUGUACUGAUUGUUAUCCUGAUUCAAAUUUUACUUCAAAUAAAUGCGAAUGUAAAGUAGGUACUUAUAGAGAUUUUUCUUAUCCUAGAAUUUGUCAAAUAUGUUAACCUUAAUGCAAAACUUGUUCUGACGGAGAUUCUUGUGAUUUAUGUUUUAAUAAUGCUUCCAUAGAUAAAGAAACUAAAUUGUGUAUAUGCGAUUAAGGUUAUUAUUGGAACUAAACUGAACUUAAAUGUUCUCCUUGCUAUGUUAAUUGUAAAACAUGCUCUGGUCCAGAUUAUGAUGAUUGCGAUUCUUGUUUUACUAACAGUGCCGUAAAAAGUGGUUAGUGUGUUUGCCUAACACGAUUUUAUCAAUCUUCUGAUCCUAAAAUAUGUUUAAAUUGCGAUAAUUCCUGUGAAAGUUGUGUCGGAUCUAAACCUGAAGAAUGUACUUAGUGCAAAACAAUAUAUUUCACUUUCAUUCCUAAUUAAAAUUAAACUCCAGCUACAGAUGUAAAAAAUAAUCAAGUUUAAACUAUUCUUGGUACAUGUGAAUGUAAACCCAAAUUUUUCUAUGAUUCAAAUUAUAAUUGUUCUUCAUGUGAUUCUACAUGUGCUUCUUGUAAUGGUGGUUAACCUAAUAAUUGUACUUCAUGUAUUGUGAAUGCUACAUUGACCAAAUAUAAUACUUGUGAUUGUAAUUUAGGCUAUUUCUUUAAUAUUGAUAAAGAAUAAUGUGAAAAAUGUCAUGAAAAAUGCAAAAACUGUAUUGGAUAUUCAGAUUCUUAAUGUUUAGAUUGCAAGGCAAAUGCCUAGAACAAACUCGGAAAAUGCGAAUGCGUAGACGGAUACUAUUAUGACGAAAGUUUAAAAGGAUGUACACUUUGUGACCUUAAUUGUGGCAAAUGUAAUUCUAAAGAUACAUGCAAUAUAUGCAAGGAUAAUGCUGAAAAGCCUCCUGCACUCAACAAAUGUUUAUGUAAAAAAGGAUUUUUCUAAGAUGGAAGAGCAUGUAGACCUUGUAGUCCAAGUUGUUUCUCUUGUAAUGCAGCAACACCAAAUAGUUGCCUUGAAUGUCAUCCAAAUGCCGAACUUGUAAGCAAUUAAACGUCUUAAUAAGAAUGCUAAUGUAAAUCUGGAUUCUUCUAAAACUCAAAUAACCUUUAAGAAUGCCUACCUUGUUAAUAGCCUUGUCUAUAAUGUAAAGAUUCAGCUACUAAUUGUAUAGGAACAUGUGGGCUAAAUGCUUAAUUAAUAAAUAACUAAUGUUAAUGUAUAUCUGGGUACUAUAUGAGCAAUUAAUUUAUUUGUGUACCUUGUGAUUAGUCCUGCAGAUAAUGUCUAGGCCCUAAUGCUAAUUAAUGUGUUGCAUGUUAUUCGGAUUUUGUAAUAUCAAAUACUAAUACAUGUGUAUGUAGAGAUGGUUUCUACUUACCCCUUGAUAAAGUUAAAUGUUAACAAUGUCAUAGUGAUUGUGAUACAUGUGUAAAUUAAUCAAACAACUGUUUAAUAUGCUCUGAUUAAAACAAGACAGUAAGUAUCAACUCCAAUAAUAUUUCUAAUUGUGUAUGUAAGACAGGAUUUUAUUAGUAAGGUAGUAAUUGCAAACCAUGCACUGUUCCAUAUUGUGAUUCAUGUACCAGUACUAAAUGCUUAUAAUGUGCUCCAGGAGCUACUCUUAGCUCAAUUACAGGUUUUUGCUCAUGUCCAGAUAAUGUGGUAUAUUCAGCUAAACUUACUCUAAAAGCUAAUCGUUUUGGGAACACAGCAACUAAAUAAUGCCAAUAAUGUGAUCCUAAAUGUUAUUUAUGUUUCCCUGGUUAGCCUUCCAAUUGUCUCACUUGUCUUUUUGAUAAUAUAGGCGAUGGUACAAUUUAAACUCCUGCUCCUAGUGCAACAUUCCCACCAGGAAAAAAUUCCGGUCCUAGGGAAUGUCUAUGUCCAAGUACACAUAAAUGGAAUAUACUCUAUCCUUUAAAUAAAGAUGAUUCCAAGUAUGCCGAACAAUGGUUCUGUUAGAAAAUAAAUAUUUGUCAUUCUUCAUGUAUUUCUUGUAAUGCUUAAAAAGUUUGUACUAAAUGUCAUUAUUUAGCUUUUGUUGAUACUAAUAAUAAUACACAGUGUAUUUGUUAACCAGGCUCAUAUAGAGAUCCUAGUAAUCCUUUCAGAUGUUUGAAAUGUGAUGAAUCAUGUUAAGAAUGUACUGGUCCUAAUCCUAAUUAAUGUACUAACUGCCCUAUUGGAGCUUUAAUUACCCUCAAUAGUUAAACAUCUACAGAAGGUACUUGUUAAUGCAAAGAUGGUUGGGAAGCUCAUAAUUGUCUUUAAGGAUAUUGUAGAAAAUGUCAUAUUAGUUGCAAAAAAUGCAAUGGUUAAUCACAAAAUAAUUGCAAAUAAUGCUAUCCAAAUGCUAGUUUGUCAUACGACCCAUUAGAUAAAACUAGCGCUUAUUGUGUUUGUAAUUAAGGUUUUUAUCCUUCUAUAGAUUUUUAAGAUUUAAAUCAAAUUUGUCUCCCUUGCCAUAAUUUAGGAUAAACAUGUAGUGGUCCUCUAGAAUCUGACAUAUUAAAAUGCAAAGACCCAAACGCAUCUGUUGUUAGUGGUAAAGUAAAAUGCAAUUAAAGAUAUUACAUGGAAGGAGAAGUGUGCCUUAAAUGCUAUAGUAAUUGUUUGAGAUGUACAGGUCCUAGCAAUAUUCAAUGUAUUGAAUGUCCAUAGAACUUUAUUCUUAAUAUUAAUUAUUGUGAACCCGCUCCUGGUUAUUAUGCUAUUACUGAAGGCUCUAUUAUAGUUGGUUAAUGUCAUAGUACAUGUUAUUCUUGUAGAGGUCCUUAGAUUAAUUAAUGUACAAUCUGUUAUCCUAAUGCUAAACUAAAUCCAGAAACUAAAUAAUGUCUUUGUGUAUCUGGAUAUUAUUAAAGAUUCUCUAAAUGCUAUCCAUGCCAUCCUUCAUGUAAAACUUGCAUUAAUGACUAUUAUAACGGCUGUAGUUCAUGUUAGGAAAAUAGCAGUUUCAACUCUAAUGAAAGAACAUGUAGUUGUACAAACGGUUUCGAAUUAUAAUCGUUUGAACCAUACAUAUGCAGGCCUUAACUUUCUUUCAACAUUGCUGAAUGUAAACUUACAUUGGAAAGUUAUGUAGAAAACACUCUAAUGAAAGUAAAAGUAGUAGAUAGUUUAGUUGAAUAAACUUCUUCUCGUAUAUCUAUGUAUGUUUCUUUUGAUUUACUUAAUAGAGGCUAAAUCUCCUCUUAAUGUGCUUAACUUUUAGAUGUGUCUUUCUAUUAUAUAAAUUAAUCAGAAUAAAUAGCUUUUCUGGAUUAAUAAUAUAUUAUGAAUACCCCAAGUGUUUUCUAAAAAUUGAUUGUCAUUCCAGAAGAUUCAUAUUAAAAUAUAAUGUAUAGAUAUUAAAUUCCCUACACAGAACUAUAAUUAGUUGCUAAAAUAAAUGUUGAUAAUAGUCUUUAGAUAUAGUUGAAAGAAUAGUUAUUAACAUUUAAA